AUCAUACACCAUCAAUACAGCAGCAUAUACAAGCACUCACGUAUCGUUUCUGCUUAUGGCUUCCCACCACCCCUCCUCUUCCCCCUACGAUUUGCAAAUCCCUUCGACUCCCCACUCUGAUCCCGCCCCCUGGGCGACUUCUGUCCCGUUGUUUCAGCGCUUGGGGGACCCUUUGGCUCCCGCGCAAUCGGUACUGCAGCUGGGGUCGCCGCUCGAUCGCCCUUCGCUUUGGGAGAGGUCUGAGCACGGAUGCCCGGCACAGAUUCUGAGCUCUCGUCCACGCCGCCCUCCCCGAAUAUGCGCUCACGGGCGGCAUGGUAAGCCGCCUCACGGGCCGCAUACGAAUGGGAUGCACCUGUCUGGGUACCGGUGAUCGAGGACCCAGGGGAAGAUGUGCCGCUGGAGGAGGGCGUGAUAUGGGAGGUAGCGGAUGGACGCUUCAGGAUGCGGAGUACGGGCUGUAUCGCAGCGGGAGGCGGGGAGAGCGUAGCUGCCGUGCUCGUGCUCGAACUUGCGAUCACUACUUGGGGCAUUGGUGCCCGCUUGUUCGCUUCUUCCCAAAGCCUCUGCGGGUCUUCGACGUCCGCCUGCGCUUCAUCAUCCUCAUCGUCGUCCCAAUCGUCUCGUACGUUCGUUACGGAUGCAUUCGGGAAACUUGAGCGCGACGUGGUCGUCUGGGGCGCGUUCAUACAGCGUGCCCAAGGAGGAAGUGGGCACGGAGACGUACUGCGGGGCCGCCCCAGGAGUCCGAA